AUGGCACGCAAGAGUGGGGUUUCCGUGGUCGACGGCGCCGUCCAUGCAUGCGCCGCCGCGGCGCAUGGUGGAACCGCAUUUCGAAGGAAUGUGACGGCCGAGAACGCCCAGCACCGACCAGGUGGAGCCAAGUAUUUGGUCCCUUAUACACAAUCGACCGAACACCGAGCAAGACGACCCAAUAUCACGUCAAACACGAUUGUGAGCGAUUGUUCUGCGGCGCGUAUAUUCAAGGUUGUUGGGGAGGCCAUGGCUUGGUCAUUUUUGGAACGUCAAGGUCAAAGUUCAGCCGCCAAGUGCUUCAACUUUGUCAUGGUUGAUGAGGCUCGUUUCUUGUACGAGUGCCUGUCCUGA